AUGCAUCAUCAAAGUUCUGAACAAUGUCGAAAUUUUGAUGGACAUUUCGAUGAUGAUAUGAUUGCAUUCGAUGACGCAACAUCUGCACCGAUAGGUCUCAUAUCAGCAUCAAAUUAUGCGACGAAACUUCUGGAGAAAUUCUCGGCAAUGCGUGAUAAACCUGAACUGUGUGAUUUUCGCAUUGAUGUAAAUAAUAAACAAUUCCGUUGUCAUAAAUUCUUGUUAAUGGCAACGUCAGAUUACUUCAAAACUAUGUUCAAUGGUAACAUGUGCGAAAGUCAAUCAGAUCAUGUCGAACUGAAAGAUUUCGAACGUUCAUCGAAUGGAAUUGAAGCAAUGAUAGAUUUCUGUUAUUCCGGCUCGUUGUUAAUCACAUUUGACAAUAUUGAUGAAUUAUUACAUGCUGCAACACAUCUACAAAUCUCCGAUGCGAUCAAUUUAUGUUGUCAAUUUCUCAUCGAAUCGUGUUCAAUUAAAAAUUGCAUCGAUAUUUACAAAAUCUCCGAUUUCUACUCACUCGAUAAUGUUCUAUUCGUUAUCAAAGCAUUCAUUUCAAGAAAUUUCGUUCUCUUGAUGCUUCAAGCUCCAGAUCAGUUCGAACAGUUGACCUACGAGCAGAUAUCCGACGAAUUAUCACGUGAUACGUUAGAAAUUCAUAAUUGUAAUGAACAUGAUCUCUUUGUAAUGACGUGCGCAUGGAUCGAAGCUAAUCGAGCCGAAAGAGAUCGAUAUGCUGCUGAUUUAUUUCAACUGAUACGCUUUAUGCUAAUGACGCCAGAACAAUUAUGCGAUUCUGUGCGAGAUCAUGAAUUGAUUAAAUGUAAUGAACAAUCAAGGAUCUCAGUGCAGAAUGCUCUUUGUUACUAUGCAUUACCCAGUCGACAGCCGUUAUUGAAUGAUAAACAGUGUCAAAUACGAAAUGAACCCGUCCUUGUGGCUGUCGGAGAAGUUGAAUUGUUUACUUUGAAUACUGCCGCAGAGAAAUGGGAAACGCUUUGUCAAGCGCCACUCGAAGAAAAUUAUCCCUAUCCAUUCAGUGCAAUAACUGUAAAUAAUUACUUAUACGUACUUGGCACACGCCGUUCAUCAUCUGAAGAAUAUAAAUCAUGUUAUCGUUUUUCAGCACGUACAUGUGAAUGGACUAAAUUACAGAAUCUUUUACAUGAUCGUUCGCGAUUUGCUGCUGCUUGCGUUGAUUCUUAUAUUUACAUUAUGGGCGGUUUUGAAGGAUUCAAACGAACGACACGCGUGUAUGUGAAUACAAUCGAGCGGUAUUCAAUUGAAGACGAUCAAUGGGAAUCGUUUUCAACGGACGGUCCACAACUUUCUUCGCUUGCUGCAUGUGCAUAUGGAGAGUCUAUUUUUCUUGGAGGAGGAAAAAACGGACAAUGGUCGAAAAUCGCUGACUUUUACUGUUUUUCCAUCGAGAAACGUCAAUUAGAAAAACGCUCACCGAUGUUGAACGCUCGUACUACUCAUGCAUUCCAUAUCUUUGACGGCAAAAUACUCGCCAUCGGAGGAUUUGAUGACGAUGGAAAUGGCAUGUUAUCCAUCGAAAGUUACGACAUUCACGCCGAUCAAUGGACAAUUCUAACAUCAAUUCCAGGCGCUGUUUCUAAAACAUGGCCACAAUCAUUGGGCACUGUCGGUCGAUACAUAUACAUAUCAGUCUUUCACACAUCGAAUUCGUUCAUUGUUAUGCAAGAAGGUUAUUUCUUUAACUUGGAUACAAAACAAUGGACAAAAGCUCCUGUUGUUCAUGAACGCGCCCGAUAUUAUUAUAUCACUUUGUCUUAUGAUGUUUAUUCUUCUUUUAUUUCCGUCCUUGAAUUUUGUGUUUUUAUCGAGAUAAUAUUAUGGAUAAUCAUUCGUCUCUUAAGCAUUAUUGAAGACGUUUCCACAUCGCCGCCUAAUACCAAUGGUAACCUUUCCCCAUCGUCGAACUCAUCAUUAGAUGUUUCAGCAAAUCAAAUAUCAUUUCCUUGUUGUAUAUUUCGUUGUAAACCAAACUCUCAUCCGUUCCAAGAACGAUGCAUUCCAUUACAUGAACAGGUGAAAGUGGGACGUGCAGUUGCUCGACUCAAAGCUCUUCCGAACAAUGCCAUUUUCGAUUGCAAAGUUUUAUCACGACAACAUGCCAAACUCUGGUAUGAAAACGGCAAGUUUUUACUACAAGACACUAAAAGUUCAAAUGGUACAUUUGUGAACAACGAGCGAUUAGGCAAAUGUAACGAAGAAAGUCCACCAUUUGAAAUCUUCUCCGACGACAUCGUUCAAUUCGGUGUUGAUGUUACAGAAAAUAAUCGAAAAACAACUCAUAACUGUAUCAUCAUGGAAGUCAAACUCUUUCACGCCGAUGGCAGUGAAGCUUUACCUCGCAGCGCUAAUGGGCAAUCGUUAGCACAAAUUAAAGAAUUGGACAUCAAUACUCAAACUCUAUAUCAACUAGCACAAUACAUUCAAGAGGCUAUGCAUCGUGAACAAAUGUUAGAACAAAAACUUGAGUUUCUUCAGGGCGUCCUACGUAAUGCCCAACAAACAUCGAAUGAUAGUUGGCAAGCGAUCAUUAACGAGGAUCGUCUUCUCGCACGAAUCAAUUCGCUUGAAGAUCAAAUACGGAUUUAUCGUAUUAAGCAUCCAAAUGAUGAAUCGAUCAAACAAGAAUUAGUUCGAUUAACGGAGUCGCAUAUGAAAUUUGAAGAAGAAUCAAAAAUAAAACUAGAGAAAGCCUUGCUCGAAUGUGCCGAUAGUAAUAGUCGGAGCAAAGCAUUCGAGUGUUCGUUACAGAUUGCACAAGAUGAACUAAAACGUUUUGAACAAGACAAUCAACAACACAGACAAGACAUUCAACAACUUGUUCAGUCUGUUGACGAACAACGCUCAAUGAUAGCAGACUUAGAAACGAAAUUAGCAGAUACCCAAACACGAUGUACAGAGAUCGAAAAUGAAAAACAACGAAUUCAAUCAGAUUUCGAUGAAUACUAUCAACGAACACAGCAUCUAGAAGAAUUACGACAGAAAUCUCUUGACAAUGAGAUUAACAACCAUAAUCAACAUGAUCUACAGUCUUCCUCGAUCAGUCCCCUCAUGGAAAAGAACGAUUCCGUUGAAAUUCCCAUCGUGAAAGAAAACGGGGAACACGAAGAAAUACAUCGUCCAACGAUGAUCCCAUCCAACCAAAUCGAGUUAGUCGUGAACCAUAAUCACAAGGAUGAACAGAACAAUGACUUGAUUGAAGCACAAAAACAAAUUCUUUUACUUCGCGAACAAUUAAACGAAGCCAAUGAACAUCUGACGUCUACCGAAGAUUCGUAUCGCAACGAGCAAGAACAACAUCGUACGUUGCAAAGUGAACAUGAUAAAACACGUGAUGAAUUAGUUGAAUUAAAACGUCGUCUAAAUCAAGAAAAGAAUGAUAAUCAUGAACUAGUUCAAGAACAACGAACUCAACUUGAUCAAUUAUCCAAGUCCAUUCUAUCAAAGCAAACUGAGCAUGAUCAAUUACUUCGUGUUUAUCUAUGUUUUUUUCUUUUCUAUUAUUUGUUCAUAUUUUUUCUCUUCUUUUCUCUUCUAUCAUGA